AUGACUAGGACAAAUGAGCAGAUAGCCCGUGCCCUAGAGAUGUUGGCCAUGGCUAUGCAACAGCAAAAUGCCUAUUUUGCUAGGAUGGAGGCUGAGAGAGCUACAGCUGGUGCAGCAAGACCUGCAGGGUCACAAGAGAGCCGGGAUCUUGCUGAGUUCCAGAAGUGUAAUCCUCCACAGUUUGCAGGAGAUGCGGAUCCAGAAGUGGCUGACCGCUGGAUCCGUGAAUUAGAGAAGAUCUUUACAGUACUAGGAUGUCCUCCAGAGAGGAGGUUAGCAUACGCUGUAUACAUGCUUGUUGGGGAGGCUGAACAUUGGUGGAGAGGCACCUAUCAGAUGCUUGUUGCUAGGGGAGUUACAGUUGAUUGGGAGUGCUUCCGGACAGUGUUUAUGGAGAAGUUCUUCCCGGAAAGCGUGAGGCAUGCCAAGGAGGCAGAGUUUAUGCGAUUGCAUCAGGGUGGGAUGACAGUAUCAGAGUAUGCGAUAAAAUUCGAGCACCUAGCCCGUUUUUAUUCGCAGGGUAUGCCUGAGGCUUGGAAAUGCAGGAAAUUUGCAGAUGGAUUGAAAUAUGAGCUGAAGAGGAUGGUGGUGCCUAUGGCCAUCACGGAGUUCCCAGCCUUAGUGGAGAAGGCGAAGGUAGUUGAGCAGUUGGAAGGUGGCAACCGUGCGGUGACGACCAUUGGGGGACCAUCUGGGUCCAAGAAGGGUGAGAGUCAGAGGAAACCAUAUGACAUGCCCCAAACACAGCAAGGGGGUUCUGUUUCUAGGCGAUCUUCCAGUGCUGUCACUGGUGAUGUAACAAGCUAA